AUGAGUGCUAUCGAACGCGUGUCUCGGACAGAUAUAACUUGCCAGAGAUGUAAACAAAAUACGGCCAUUUUGAAAGCUAGAAGUGAAUUUCAUUGUAAAGAAUGCUACUUGCGACUUGUACGUGGGAAACAAAGAAAGCAGAUGUCUACCGAAAAGUAUAAAAUCAACUACAAAAAAUCAAAGCUUGGUACACUAGAAAAGGUAUUGGUGGCCUUUUCUGGAGAUGUGUCGUCACUUGUUUUACUUGACGUUUUGGGAAACUUGCUACAGGAGCAAAACCAGACCCAUAGAGGAUUACAAGGAUUUGAAAUUGUAGUGGUAAACUUGGAUGAGAAGGAGUUGAAGGAGUUGAAUAUAGAGGUAGAAGGGAUACUACCGGAGCUUUUGUCACGUUAUGAACCAGUCGAGAUCAUAUUCAAAACGAUAUCUUUGAACUCUUUUGUUGAUUUCAAGAGCUUAAAUCAAAUCUACAUAGAGAAUGAUUUUAGCUCAACGGCAAAUCCCGUGGAUAUAAAUGAUUGCUCGUUUCUUGAUUUAUUGAAAAGGUGCCCGAACAAGUCAUCUGCAGAGGACUUGUUAACAAUUGUGUUUGAAAAGCUACUUUUGCAAGCUGCAUACGAGGAGGGAUGUGGAACCAUAGUCUUUGGCCACUCGAUGACUAGGAUUGCUAAUGAGAUAAUAGCUCUUACUGUUAAAGGAAGGGGCUCUUCCAUACACAGAUUAAUAUCUAACAGAACUGAAACGUACAAUGGCAAGGAGAUUGACAUUAUCUUCCCGUUGCGAGACCUUCUAUUUGCGGAGAUUGAUGAAUAUGCAACUCUUUCAGAUUUGAAGAAAUAUGCAGUUCACUCUGCAGUGGUGAAGUCGAGAGUAUCAAAGAACUUGACCAUUCGAGAUUUGGUCAGCAAUUAUUUCAGCAACUUGGACACCACAGGUUACUCAUCAACGACAUCGACAGUGAUGAAGAUAGGUCAGAAACUAGGAUCGUCCGAAUCCAAGGUACAGAACACUUGCAAAGUAUGUGGCGUGAAUAUAUAUCAGGAUCCCAAGAACUGGUUAAAGACAAUUACAGUAAAUGAUCCAGCUCCUAUUCAAACUGAUGAAGAAAAGGAGUAUUUGGAGUUGUACUUAUCAAGUCUACAACAUAGCUCAAGUGGGAAAAUAGCCGGUGAAAACAUUGUUCUUUGUUAUGGGUGUAUCACCACUUUAAAUGGAGUAACGGAUGACGAAUUUAUUUGGCCAAUAGAGCCACUUAUAAAUUUAGAGUAUAAAGAUGUGAUGAAAGGAGCCAACAAGCAGCAAGUGCUAAAUGAGUUUAUUUUGACAGAUACUGAAGAUGAUGAAUUAUGA